CUAGGCCUGUGUAUGGCCUUCAAUUGAAGCUGCUUCUGCUCCGCCACUCUGCCAUUGGACUCUUGAUAGUCGUCUCCCCACGCUGCUGCUGGGGGGACUUUUUAACAUAGGCCUCUGUAUGGCCUUCAAUUUUAGCUGCUUACGCUCCGCCACUCUGCCAUGGGCCCCUGUACCGCCUCCUCAUGCUGCUGCCAGGCCCGUAAUCUGCCAUGGGCCCCUGUACCGCCUCCUCAUGCUGCUGCCAGGUCCAGAGUGUGUCAUGGGUCCCUGUACGGCCUCCCAUUGCUGCUGUCUCCAUCGCCACACUCUGCCAUGUGCCACUUUCAGGUCUCCUCACAACUGCUGGGUGCUGUAUGGCCUCCCAUUGCUGCUG